UUUUCAGUCAAUUAUUUUUGGUGGCGUUCUUUUGUCUACUGAGACAGCAGAAGACUUCCAAUUGGCAUUUCAAAAUUUCAUCGAGAUAAUGGAUGGAUCAGUUCCAAUAACUGUGCUGACAGAUCAAUGCGCGGCAAUGGGAAAGGCAAUUCGGACUGUUUUGCCCGGGACAUGUCAUCGAUAGUGUCGUUGGCAUGUCUUGAAGAGUGCUAAGAAGAAGUUAGGGAAUGUUAUUGUGAGACACAAGCAAUUCAAAAGUGAUUUCUAUAAUCUCAUCACCAACGAGACAUGUGUUGAUAAUUUUGAAUUGUCGUGGAAGAAGUUGAUCAUAAAGUACCGGCUUGUGAAGAGCAAGUAUAUGCUACGACUUUACAAGCAUAGGGAAAAAUGGGCCAAACCAUACUUUAUGAGUGUUUUUUGUGCUGGUAUGACGAGCACGCAAAGGAGUGAAAGUGCAAAUCACAUGCUUAAGAGGCAUAUUCAGAAGGCUGCGCCUAUGCACCUGUUUGUAAGCAAGUUCAAUGAGUUCCUUUGUGAUCGGACAGAGCAAGAGGCUCGGGAGCAACAUGUAACAAAAAUGGUUACAAGGAAAAUGAGGGUAGGGGCUCCGAUUGAAGAGCAUGCUGAUUUAGUGUAUACUCGUGCAAUGUAUGAGAAAUUUUAUGAUGAGUUAUUCGAGGCUGGGAAGUUUUGUGUUCAGAGGGAAGAUGGCAAUGACAGGUUCAUUGUUUCCUCUGCGAAGUUGAGCUCAGAUGGUGUACAAAAAAAAUAUGUUGUUACUCUGCACGGAGAGGAUUUCAUGUCUUGCCAGUGUGGUCUGUAUGAGCAUCUAGGUAUGCUGUGCUGGCAUGCUUUAAAGGUUUUGUUACAUUUGGAUAGGCAAGAAAUUCCAAAGUUUAAUAUAAUGAGAAGAUGGACAAAGGAGGCGGUUGUUUACAAAGCUCAUGGAGAACAAACUGAUAUAGCUUCAGAUGCAGACCAAAUGAGGAAGAAGGCUUUGAUGUUGCAGACUCUUCAAAUUGUGUAUGGACCUUCACCGGUGGAUGAGCAGAUGUUCAAGAAUGCUAUGGAAGCGUUGAGGCCCGCUGACCGAACGCAGCGGGAGGAUCCACCAUUUGAUAGACAGUAUCAGUGUAGUUUGCAUGAUGAUGCUGGGCCGGUGCCUUUAUCGUGCCCUCCAAGGACAAUGAAGGGUGGUCGACCUCCUAGUACUGGGCUUAAUGCUUGGCUAUCGAGGACAGACAAGAAAAGGACUCUUGACUCUUCACUGAGGGAUCCAAUUUCCGAAGAUUGGCCAGAGGAAGAGAUGCCUCGUAGCAAGAAGACUCGGUGCUUAAAAGAUAUCUGAAUGUUUCUUAACCAAUCACAGUAUCAUUGAUGCCAACAAAUGUUUACAUUAGCAGUAUGCCUGGUGGCAGUACAUUGGUGUCUAAAAUAAAUAGUUUGCGCAUUUUAUUCGAUGAUGCUCAUCAUAAACCAAGUUUAUGAAAAAGUUGUAGCACGGAUUAACAUUAUGCCGUCCGAUGUCUAAUACUGCUGUAAUAUAUUCUUAAGUUGCAUUGUUCAAUUGUUGUUGGUGUAAUCAACCAUCCCCUGAUUGACAUGAUGUCGCUGCACUGAUGUUUUUA